AAAUGCCAAUGGCUUAUCUUCUUAAAUAUUAUACCUUUUCUGCCAAGAUUCGAACUCUCAGCGAUUUCCACAGCCGUAUCCUUAAUCAGCAACAAGUCCCUAGUAGUGCGGAGAUGGUAACUACAUUGAGAUAUUUUCAGCAAACUUUAGUCAGUUUUUUAAAAGAUAUACCCUCCGAACGGAGCUCACUCUUCGAAAAAUAUUCAAGUGAAAAUGCCAUUGUUCGGAGCGGAUUAUAUCCUAACCUUAAUUAUUCUGGUCUAUUUUAUGGUAUUGUUAAUUUACUCGAUGCUUUCCCAAUGAUUAGUAGUGCACAGACUGCUAUCGCUGAGGCAAUACUUGAUACACUUAAAGCACUCUACUUCUUUUUGGAUAGAGAAUGUAUUGGUAAAUUUUUUUAGAAUAUAUAAGUCAUUUUAAUCGUAGAAUUGAUAUCCAUGUGUAGGGUGAAGUGAGAAUUUAGCUUCUAAAAGUAAGGUGUUAUGUAAGGAUAAGUGAGUAUUCCAACGUCGAAUCACAAUCCAUGAAUGGAUCAAGGGAGCAUUCAUAGGUAGGGUGAAGGGAACAAUUAUCAUUAGGAUGGGGGAACAUUCUUUCUAGGUUCAGGUUUAUAUUCAUAAUCAUUGUCAAUAGAACAUUCAAAUCUAACAAUAAAAAGCUAUCAGAAGUAGGGUUCAGCGGUAUCGG